GAGCAGGAAAUCUUCAAGAUUGGACGAGAUCCGGAUGCCAAUACUUUCUCUAUUCAAACCGAUUCGGAGAACCUUGUGUCACGAAAUCACUGUGAAAUAUAUGUCAUUGUCUAUGAACCAUCAGUCAACCACGUCUAUGUGCGAGAUCGCAAGUCUGUCAACGGGACGUUUGUCAACGGCCAGAUGAUUGGCGUUGGCCCCCAGAUAUCUUCUGGGUAUCUCUUACAAGAUGGCGAUUCCAUUGAAAUUCGACCCCAUUGGAAGUUCAUAUUUCGCCAACCUCGAACGCCUCCACCUCGGCCCCUAACGGCCAUUCAGAAAGACGAAUGCCAAGUUUUUAAAAACGAGUAUCUCAUAACCCCACGAUGCCUGGGCAGUGGUGCGGAGGGAGCUGUCUAUUUGGCCACUGAAUCAAAGACCAAGAGACAGCUUGUCUGCAAAGUGGUCAAUCUGGGUAGGCAGGAUGGCAAGAUGCCUCGAGAGGAGCUCUACCGGAAGCUUCAAGAGAUUGAUGUUCUCCGACAGCUCAAGCAUCCCAACAUCUUGCCCUACACCGACGCCGUUAUUUCUCCACACUCUCUGUACAUCUUUACUGCGCUUGCGUCUGGCGGCGAUCUUGUCUCCUUCAUCAAUCGCCAUGAAUCUAUUCAGGAGAUUGACUGUCGAAUUAUUCUCCGGCAGGUGGUACGUGGCCUCGCCUAUCUUCACAGAAAGGGCAUCAUCCACAGAGACUUGAAACCGGAGAAUAUUCUGCUAGCAUAUUCCCCAAAGAUAGCCUACCAUCGAAUUAUGCUGUCGGAUUUUGGUGCUUGCGCUGUUCCUCGCCGAAGCCGAAUGAUGACAGAUAUUGGCACAUUUGAAUACAAAGCUCCAGAAGUUUUUUCAACUGGAGAGGCUCAAACCACCGCUGUUGAUAUGUGGUCGCUUGGCCUCGUCACACUGCGAUUGCUGACCUUUGAUGUGGAGAGUUUCGGAAAUCUGACUCGCAUGGAUCAACAAUCCCUUGAACCAAUGGUGAAGGACAUGAUUAAAGGAUCAUCGCCAAAACGCUCCUCGAAUAGCCAGAGAUUUGCCUUGGCAUGUCUUCAGCUAACACCAAUAAAUCGAAUAACUGCUGCCGAGGCAGAGUGCCACGAUUGGUUUUGUACACCGCAAAAACAUUUUGAAUUCUUCCUACAACUUGAUAGACGGUGCCUAUCAGACUUGAGUGAUGAUACCCAACUCAAGCCAAUGCCCUGGGACUUGGCUAGUCUUCAGCCCCCU